AUGGAGAUUCAAGUAAUUUCAGCUGCAGCUAAAAUCUGUGAGUACACAGGUAAACCAGUUGGCCAGUGGCUAUGCUACUCAUUUCACUAUGGCACCAACAUUGAGAACAUGAAGAAUCGGGUCAUGGAGUUGAAGGCUGCUAGAGAUAGGGUUCAACAUCGUGUUAUUGAAGCUGUAAACAACAUUGAAGAAAUUGAAGCUGACGUUAACAUGUGGUUGACAAAGGUUGAUGAUAUUUUGGGAAAGGCCGAGGAAGUUCUUGACGAAGAAGAGAAAGCAAAGAUGUGCUAUCCUAAAAUGGCAUGCCCGAAUCUGAAGCUAAGGCAUAAGCACAGUAAAAUGGCAAAGAAGAUAGUGAAAGAGAUUGGUGAACUGAAAAAUUGCAGAUUUGACAAAGUUUCCUAUCGUCCUGCUUCAAAGGGGUCAGUGACUACCACAAAUAUGGAUUACAUUACGUUUGAGUCAAGAAGGUCGACUGUGGAGGAACUUGUGGGAGCAUUGGUAGAUGCUAAUAUCAACAUGAUUGGGGUGUGGGGGAUGCCUGGUGUGGGGAAGAGUACGCUGAUAAGAGAAGUUGCUAUGAAAGUGAAGGAAAAAAAGUUAUUUGAUGAGGUGGCUAUAGCAACUGUGACACAUAAACCAGACUUAUUACGAAUUCAAGGAGAAAUUGCAGACAGACUAGAUCUAAAGCUUGAUAAGGAAACUUUAAGCGGAAGAGCAGAUCUUUUAAGAGAGAGGUUAGCAAAAGAGAAUACGAAGAUACUUGUUAUCCUAGAUGAUAUAUGGGAGAAACUUGAUUUGAAUGAAAUAGGAAUUCCUUGUGACGAAUGCAAAAUAGUGGUAACAUCUAGGAAUAGAGAUAUAUUAUCUUCUGAGAUGGGAGCCCAGAAGGAUUUUGGGCUUGAAGUUCUACCCAAAGAAGAAGCAUGGUGUUUAUUUGAGAAGUUGUCAGGUGAUUCUCUCAAAGAAUCGAAUUUGCGAUCUAAAGCAAUUGAGAUAUCCACAGCGUGUGCAGGUCUACCUCUUGCACUUGUAACAGUUGCAAAGGCAUUAAAAAAUAAGUGUUUCUUCGAAUGGGAGGAUGCCCUACGACAGCUGCGGAGGCCCUCUCCUCGAAACCAGAAAAGAAUGCAAGAAGUUAUAUAUUCAGCAAUAAAGUUGAGUUACAGUCAUCUGGAAAGUCCAGAGCUCCAAUCAUUCUUUUUGUUUUGUGCUCAAAAUCUAGCCUUUUCUACCAUUCAUUAUCAAGACUUGUUAAAAAAAUGUUUUGGGCUGCGCUUAUUUCAUGGCAUUAGUACAUUGGAAGAAGCAAGAAACAGAACAUAUACUUUGGUUCGUAGCCUAAAAGACUCUGGCUUAUUGUUAGAUGCUCUUGAUAGUAGUCAGUGUUUUCGCAUGCAUGAUCUUACUUGUGACGUCGCCCUCUUGAUUGCAUAUGAGACUCAAAAUGUGUUAUCGAUGAGGGACGAGGGUCUAGUAGAAUGGCCAGAUGAGGACGAUAUGAAAAUGUGCACAACAAUCAUUGUUUUAAAUAGGGAUAUUCAUGAACUUCCUGACAGGUUGGAAUGUCCAGAACUAAGAUGCUUAAAUGUGCAUGCCAAAGAUCGAGAGGUUUCUUUUAAAAUUUCAGACACAUUUUUUGAAGGGAUGAGAGAACUAAAAGUUUUAGAUUUGACUUAUAUGCGACUUUCAUCACUUCCUUCCUCACUUAAGCUACUCACUAGCUUGCAAACAUUGUGUCUGGAUCAAUGUGUGUUGGGAGACAUAGCUAUGAUUGGAGAGAUGAAAAAUUUAGAAAUUCUUAGUCUUAUUCACUCUGAAUUUAAACAAUUGCCAAGGGAAAUUGGGUUUUUGACUCAUCUACGGAUGUUGGAUUUGAGCAAUUGUAAACUUCAAGUGAUUCCAGCCAACGUCCUCUCACGCUUGAUACUAUUGGAAGAACUAUAUGUCGGCAACAGCUUCAUUCAAUGGGAGGUUGGACUCAACAAUGAAAGUGCUAGCCUUGCAGAGCUAAAGCAUCUAUCACGAUUAAGCACUUUAGAAGUACAAAUUCCAGAUGUCAACAUGAUGCCAAAAGAUUUGUUAUUUGAGAAGUUUAAAAGAUACAAAAUAUUUAUAGGAGAUGUGUGGGAUUGGUCUGACAAACAUGAAGACUCAAGAAUACUAAAGCUCAAGCUGAAUACAUGCUUUCAAUUGGAGAGAAGGAUUGAAAUGUUGUUUAAUGGAAUAGAAGACCUGUGUUUGGAUGAGUUAAAUGGUGUAAAGAGUAUUGUAUAUGAAUUGGAUAUGAAAGGCUUCCAACAACUAAAGCAUCUCCAUGUCCAAAACAAUGCUGAGAUUAAAUAUAUCAUCCACUCAAGGGGGUUGGUUAUUGAUGAUGUUGUAUUUCCUGCCUUAAAGAUAUUUUCUCUCUGA